AUCACUAUCAUACACAGCCACUACACAGUACUAGAAAAAAAAACAUUUCUAGGGUUUAUCUUUUUUUUUGUUUUUCUUUUACCUGUGAAAAAUGGCUUCCAUUAGAGAACCAUGGUUAUUAGAGAAUGGAACCCUUAAGUCACUCACAAAGGAGACUAGACAUGGUCAUGGCCGUAGUCGUACGGCUCAUAACAUGUCAUCUUCUUCUUUGCGCAAAAAGUCCGAUAUAGCCCUUGUUUCUAAGGUCCCUUGUCAUUUCUUGAGAAUCUUUUUGGCUAAUCUACAGGAGGUUAUUUUGGGAACUAAACUCUCUAUUCUUUUUCCUGCAAUCCCUCUUGCUAUUGCUGCUCAUUCUUAUGGCUUUGGAAGACCAUGGAUAUUUGGAUUGAGCUUACUUGGGCUUAUGCCACUAGCUGAACGUGUGAGCUUCUUGACAGAGCAGAUUGCAUUUUAUACUGGACCAACAGUUGGAGGGCUUCUAAAUGCAACAUGUGGAAAUGCAACCGAGUUGAUAAUAGCAAUUUUGGCUUUGUGUGGAAACAAGAUAGAUGUUGUCAAAUACUCUCUUUUGGGUUCAAUUCUAUCGAACCUUCUUUUGGUUCUUGGCACGUCUCUCUUCUGUGGUGGCAUCUACAACCUUCACAAGGAGCAGAAGUUUGAUAGAAAACAAGCUGAUGUGAACUCAUUGUUGUUGCUGCUGGGACUAUUGUGCCACACACUUCCAUUGUUGUUCCGUUUAGCUGGACAGCCAAACGCGGACACUUUCGCUGCUACUUUGCAGCUUUCGAGAGCAAGUAGCAUCAUAAUGCUUAUUGUAUACAUUGGUUAUCUUGUUUUCCAGUUAUGGACUCAUAGGCAGCUUUUUGAGGCUCAGGAGGAGGAAGAUGCACAGGAUGACUCCAUCUCUGAUGAUGAAACACCCGUGAUUGGGUUCGGGAGUGGAUUUGCGUGGCUGUUGGGGAUGACUCUUGUUAUUGCCUUAUUGUCUGAAUAUGUUGUUGGCACAAUUGAGGAUGCAUCAGAAACAUGGGGAAUUUCUGUCAGCUUCAUUAGCAUCAUUUUGCUACCAAUAGUUGGAAAUGCAGCAGAACAUGCAGGAGCUAUUAUCUUUGCUUUCAAGAACAAGUUGGAUAUCUCUUUGGGUGUUGCUCUAGGAUCAGCAACCCAGAUUAGUUUAUUUGUGGUUCCCAUGUGUGUGAUUGUGGCAUGGAUAAUUGGCAUAGAUAUGGAUCUUGAUUUCAAUCUUUUGGAGACUGGCUCUCUUGCACUCUCUAUAUUAAUCACUGCCUUCACUUUACAGGAUGGCACUUCUCACUACAUGAAAGGGCUGGUUCUGCUGUUAUGUUACCUUGUGAUAGGAGCAUGCUUCUUUGUUUCCCAAACACCAUUAGGAAAAGAAAUUAAUGCAGGAGUGGAAUCAUCAAAUGGAGGAGGAGGGGUCAUGAGACUUUGAUGAUGAAGAUUUGAGGAAGAAGGUGGGCAUUAUCUUAUGUAAAGUGAAUUUGAUGGGGAUGAUGAAAAAAUGAAUCCAUUGCCAUGGAUUUUAUUCUUUAAGAAGAAUGAUGAUGCAAAGAAAGAAGAAAGACAAAUAGUUUUGAAUGGUGGGAUUCAAGAUUCAUUGAUUUUUGCAUUAUAUCCAACCACACAAGGCUAUAUUAUUAUCAUUAUUAUGUGUUUUGUGUGUCUGAGUAGUUAGAAGUACUGUAAUAUGUCUUUAUGUUUUAAUAUCUGUCACUCUUUUGAGGCCCCCAUUGGAAUAUGGGUGAGUAAAGAUGAAGCUUUGGUGGAAGAAAAAACUAGAAAAAGCAUUAUUUAGGUCUUGGUAUGAGAAGUUGGUGUGGUGAAUUAAAUGGGUUAUGUUCUUAUUUCUCUACUAAUAAAUAAAUUUGCAAUUUUUUGCUA